CAUUUCCAAACAAGAUGAAGGCUUCCUUGGUCUUCUUACUGGUAGUCUGCUCUCUUUGCAGGACUGAAGCUGAAGGAGGUGAAAAUGAGCUGGUGCUUCAGACUGACGUCUGGGCUGAGCUGAGGGCUUUGAGAGACAUGGUGGUGGAGCAGAAAGUAGAGCUGAGGCACCUGACGUUCAGAGUAACCGCUGCUGAGAGCCUGGUGGACGCCUUGGAGAAGGAGAAUACAGCCAUGGAGGCCAGGAUGACUGCUGCUGAGAGCUUGGCAGAGGAACUGCAGAUGGAAAAUGACGCUCAAGCUACAGAGCUUGCAGUUGCUCAGCAGGAGCUCAGCAGUCUGCAGAUAAGACUGACCGUCAGUGAGGAACGUGUGGAGGAGCUGGAGAAACAACAGGAAGUUCAAGCUACAGAGCUUGCAGUCGCUCAGCAGGAGCUCAGCACUCUGGAGCUAAGACUGACCGUCAGUGAGGGCCUCAUCAUGGAGCUGGAGCAACAGCGGGAAGGACAAGAGAUGGACAUCCAGGAACUUCUAAAUACUAACAUAGUGAGGAAACUGGCCUUUUCUGCCUCCCUUCUGGCAUCUGGUCAGGGUAACACAGAGAAAGAAGAUGCUCCACUCCUCUACAAAAAUGUAUUUACCAACAUUGGAAACCACUACAACCCAGACACAGGUUACUUCACUGCACCAGCAAGAGGAGUGUAUUACUUCAGAUUUACUGGCCAUCUAGCACACUCUAACAUAUCUAUGAUAAUGAAAAUGUUCAUGAACGAGGAUCUUAUAGUGACAGCAGCUGACCGUAACUAUGGAUCAACAGAUGCUGAGGACAAUGUAUCCAAUGGUGUAGUGUUGCAGUUAGAAGUGGGAGAUGUUGUUUCAGUACAACUUUGGGGAAAUGUUUGGGACGACCAAUACCACAGAACAACCUUCAGUGGCUUUCUGCUCUUUCCUUUGUAAGACACUACCAUUGCCAACAUGAGAGUUAAUGCAGGGCCUAAAUUGUGUUAUUUUACCAAAUAACAAAUGUGUGUCUCAGUAACAAUACAAAGUGCAUAAAAUAAUAAAUAAAUCAAGUUUG